AUGGCGCCCUUCGAUGAUGUGCAGGUUGGGGACGUGGUCAAUGUCCCCGGUGGUAUGUAUGGGACGAUCAAAUUCCUGGGAUCAGUGGCGGGGAAACCAGGUCGAUUUGCGGGCGUGGAAUUGAGCUCGGAACACGCGCAAAGAGGGAAGAAUAAUGGCGACGUGGAUGGCCGAAAGUACUUUACCACGUCCACCCCCGGGUCAGGCAUCUUCGUGCCCAUGAACAACAGCAAGUAUGUCACCCGACGAUCGACCUCAAACAUCUCGAACCCGACGACCCCAGGGCGCGGAGGACCCGUGAACUUCAGCAAAUCCGUUGGACCAGCCCUGACGACACCUCGUCCUCGUGUUCGACGACCCUCCCUCCCUCGACCGGAAUCCCCGCGCGUGCCUCCCCCCAAGCUGAGCCUCAGUGGCCUGCGUACACCGUCCGCGGCAUCCCGGAGUGGAUUGACGAGCGCCCAGCGAAGCCCGGUCAAGGCCCCUUCGCGACUGUCGGAUAGACCCUCGUCGCGGCUCAGCACUGCCGAUGAUGACUCCUCAUAUGGCCGGCCCUCGGAUUUCCGUCGGCCCAGUUCAUCAGGAAAUCAGGAGCUGAGGGAUCAAAUCAAGGCUCUGGAAAAGCAAUUGCUUGACCGAGAUAGGCAGUUGGAUGAGCAAUCGGGGACAUUGAGCGAAUUCCAGAAGACAUUGGAGGAAAUGGAGGGAUCGGAGGGCAUCUCCUUGCGUACGCAGCUGCGGGAACGCAACGAGCGAAUCACUCAAUUGACCUCUGAGUUCGAUGGCCACCGCGCAGACUUCCGGAGCACCCUCGACACAUUGGAGAUUGCCGCCUCUGAGACCGAGCGCGUUUACGAGCAGCGACUGGAUGAGCUGAUGCAACAGAACAAGGAGCUCCAAGACCGAGGUGAGGAUGUCGAGGUUGUCGCGCAGCAGCUCAAGCAACUAGAGGAGCUGGUCUCGGAACUAGAGGAGGGACUUGAAGACGCCCGACGCGGAGAAGCGGAGGCGAGGGCCGAGGUUGAGUUCCUGCGUGGCGAAGUCGAGCGCACCAAGCUAGAAUUGAAGAAGGAGCGUGACUAUUCGGCCGCUGCGCUGAAAGAUGCCCACUCAACUUCAGACGGGCCUCGAAACAGCAGUGAACUGGAUCAGAAGGAUGAUGAGAUUCGAGGGCUCAAGGCCAUUAUUCAUUCUUUGAGCCGAGGAAACCCUGCGGCAGAGGAAGACCAUGGCUCAGACGAUCACGCAGAGCAUUUGUCCCAUUUGGAGCAGCGCAUCCGUGAGUUCGAAGAGACCGCCGACCACAAGGACACUCGAAUUGAAGAGCUUGAGCGCGAACUACAAGAAAUGAACCUUCAAUCCGGCCGGAACCGCAGCUCCACUAUCACUCCUUCACCUAAGCAACACAAGCCCACCCACUCUGCGGGCAACAUCUCCAACCACUCCAACCACUCUAACGAUAACCCUCACCGUCUCUCAGACCGUACUGUGGUUCCUCCAGACUGGCACGAUGCUCCCUCCGAGCCCCGUCACAACCGCGGUCCCUCCAACACCUCCCAAUCCCGCCUGGAAACCAUGCAUGAGUCCGAGCGAUCCUCUGACGAAGACGCCCUGUGGUGCGAGAUUUGCGAAACAGGCGGCCACGACAUCCUGAACUGCACCAGCAUGUUCGGUUCUGGUCAGAAUGCCGAACGCAAGCCAGCGCAGGAGCCUGUUGACGAUGACGAGGAACCAAUUGAACAGACACCACCACUCCAACCCAGGGAUCACGAUGAACCGCAAAAGACUGGAAAGGAUGUGGUGAUGGAAGGACUCAAGGGCAUUGGUGGACUUGGAUCGUCCAUGGCGCCUAUUGCGGGCAAGUCCUCUGGUGUCAUUGAUGAGACCAAGUGGUGUGCUCUUUGUGAGCGAGAUGGCCACGAAAGCAUUGACUGUCCUCUUGAUGAGUGA